GGGAUGGUUUAAUGAUUCGCUAGAGACGUUAGGUAACAUUACAUAAGGGCUGCUCAUUGCAGCUGGUAGACACAGUUGUUGACCAAAUUGCACUGAAUUAUAACUACUGCACACACAAAAAUUGCUUGCUGAAACGAAAUGGAUUGGACGGAGCUUAUUCCCGCAUUGUUCCUCUUUAUCCUUACAAUUACCUUCAUUGUGAAACUGGGUGGUUUCUGGAACAAGAGCUCCCAAAAUUUUCCACCAGGACCAAGGCCUUUACCUCUCAUUGGGAAUCUCCACAUCAUGGAUCUGAAGAUGCCUUACAGAACCAUGCUAAAGUGGUCAAAAGAGUAUGGCUCUGUCUUCAGCAUCCAAAUGGGUCCCAAAAAAAUGGUGGUCCUGACAGGAUAUGAGACGGUAACGGAGGCCCUGGUGAAUCAGGCCGAUGCAUUUGCAGAGAGGGCCAUCAGCCCAAUUUUGGAAGAGCUCACAAAGGGCUUUGGUGUAGCUUUUUCUCACGGUGAAAACUGGAAAGUGAUGCGACGGUUUGCGCUAACCACAUUACGGGAUUACGGCAUGGGAAAGAGGUCCAUAGAGGACAGAAUUGUGGAAGAGUGCAGUGUCCUGGUUAAGAAAUUUGAAUCUUACCAAGGAAACCCAUUUGAGACCACCACAAUUAUGAAUGCAGCUGUUGCCAAUAUUAUAGUGGCCAUACUACUAGACAAGCGAUUUGAUUAUGAAGAUCCCACAUACAUAAGACUUCUGAAGUUGAUCAGUGAAAAUGCCCGGCUUGUUGGAAGCUCUUCAGUCACGCUGUAUAACAUGUUUCCUGCUCUUGGUUUUCUUUUGGGGGCUCAUAAGACUGUCCUUCGCAACAGAGAUGAGUUCUAUGACUUCAUAAAUGUCACGUUUAUAAAACACCUCAGAGAUUUGGAUGAAAAUGACCAGAGGAGCUUUAUUGAUUCUUUUCUUAUUCGACAGCAAGAGGAGGAGAAGAAGAACAAGACGAAUGCAUAUUUCCACAACGAAAACUUAAAAGCUGUUGUGGGUAACUUAUUUGCUGCUGGCACGGAGACCACUUCCACUACACUGCGCUGGGGACUGUUACUAAUGAUGAAAUAUCCUGAAAUUCAGAUAAAGGUCCAAGACGAAAUUGCAAAGGUUGUUGGAUCUUCUCAACCAAGGAUUGAACACCGAACAAAAAUGCCUUAUACAGAUGCUGUGGUCCAUGAGAUCCAGAGAUUUGCUGAUAUUGUCCCAACCAACCUGCCCCAUGCAACCACUGUGGAUGUUACCCUCAAAGGCUACUUCAUUCCAAAGGGGACAUACAUCAUACCAUUGCUGUCCUCUGUGCUGCACGAUGAAUCUCAAUGGGAGAAACCACAUAAAUUCUACCCUGAGCAUUUUUUCAACUCUGAAGGAAAAUUUGUAAAGAGAGAUGCUUUCAUGCCUUUCUCUGCAGGACGGAGAGCAUGUUUAGGUGAGACUCUUGCCAAAAUGGAGCUCUUCCUCUUCUUCACAAGUCUCCUGCAGAGAUUCACCUUCCAGCCACCCCCUGGAACAUCUCAAGAAGACCUGGACCUUACUCCUGCAGUUGGGCUGGCAACAUCGCCCAUGCCCCACCAGCUCUGCGCUCUGCCACGUUUCUAAGACUCACAAGUUCCUGGCUUGCUUAUCCUACCUGUGUGUGCAAUGCGAGCCUUUCUUAAAACAGCCCUGAAUCCCAUAAAGCUAGCGUUGAAGCAUCUAGACCUGAAUUCUUAUGACACUUGGGGCCAGGGGUGCCAACUCUAUGGGGCUGAGGUGUCUGUUGGAAGGGGACCAUGCCCCCUCAAUGUUGAGGGGGCGGAGGAGACCAUCCGCAGAACUGAGCGCAGUGCACAGCAAUGCAGCUCCAGUGACCGGCUCCUCUUGAGUGCAGGAGGAGAGGAACCACCUGCCAUUGAAGCCACGCCAUGCUGUACUCCAUGCUUGGUCUCCCCUGACGAUGUGAUGUUGUGCACUCAUGAUGUCACAUCUUGGGCGCAAGUUGGUGCCUCUGCUUCAGCCAUAGAGAUCAACCGACAAAACUGGUUUCUUGUAUUCACACAUU